GAGCCGGACGGCAGCUGACACUCCGCGCCGCCCGCCCGCACAGUGCCGCGCCGUGCCGCGCUGCGUCUUGCUUCCGCGACCCCCGCGCCGACCCGACACUCCGCGACCACCAUGAAGACGCACCGCGCCGUCCUGGUCCACCUGCCGCGCAACAAAUCCAUCGACAUAGGCUUCUCCGACAUCACCUACAGCGUACGCGUCGGCGUCACCGGCAAAGAGACGAAGACGGUGCUACAAGGCAUCUCUGGCCUCUUCAAGUCCGGAGAGCUCACCGCCAUCAUGGGGCCAUCUGGAGCGGGAAAGACUUCGCUACUCAACAUUCUCACCGGCUUUCAGACGCGCGGCAUGGGCGGCGAGCUGCGGCUGGACGAGGUGCCUCUGCAGCCGGGCGACAGCCGCCUGCGCCGGCAGGCCAGCUACAUCCAGCAGGAUGACCACCUGCCGGGCCUGUUCAGCGUCUCCGAGCUCAUGUGGAUGGCCGCCCACCUCAAGCUCGGCUCCUCGCUCUCCGACAAAGCCAAGAAGCUGCUGAUUGACGACAUCCUGGAGACGCUUAAUCUGUCAGCGUGCCUCAAGACUCGCUGCGAAAAGCUGUCGGGCGGCCAGAAGAAGCGGCUCUCGAUCGCGCUAGAGCUGAUCGACAACCCUCCCGUUCUCUUCCUCGAUGAACCCACCACGGGCCUGGACAGCCUGUCGUCGCUGCAGUGCGUCUCGAUGCUCAAGUCCCUGGCACGGGGCGGCCGCACCGUCGUCUGCACCAUCCACCAGCCCAGCGCGACCAUCUUCCACAUGCUGGACCACGUGUACGUGCUGGCGCAGGGCCACUGCGUCUACCAGGGCUCCAGCCUCAACGUCGUGCCCUACCUCAACUCCGUGGGGCUCGAGUGCCCCCAGUACCACAACCCCGCUGACUACAUGCUUGAAGUCAUCAGUGGAGAAUAUGGAGACUGUACUGAUGACCUGGUGAUAGCAGUUAAAGAAAACAGUUGGCGAAGUCCACCUGUCCAAACAAAUGGUAAUGCAAUUGUGGUAGAGACUAGGAAAGAUGGCACUGUACCACACAAAACUCUAGUUCUUGUAGCUAAGCCUUCAGAGUUUACAAGAUUCUGGACUCUAUUGCAAAGGUUUUACGUGCAGCUCUACAGAGACUGGACUGUCACACAUCUCAAAUUGGUGCUUCAUGUUCUUGUUGGAGUUGUGUUUGGGCUUAAUUUUACUGGAGCUGGAAAUGAUGCUUCAAAAACAUUCAACAAUGUCAGCUUUCUAUUCUGUACCAAUCUAUACCUAGCUUAUACAGCUGUUAUGCCAGCUGUUUUGAGGUAUCCCUCAGAAAUGGCUGUUAUGAAAAAGGAGUGGUUCAAUAAUUGGUACAAUCUUCGAACCUACUACAUCACCUCAAUGGUUGCCACUCUGCCUACACAGAUGAUGUUUGCAGCAGCACAUUCAACAGUUUCAUAUUUCCUAACUGGUCAACCUCAGGAACCUUCACGCUAUGUGAUGUUUGUCUGCAUUUGCAUGUUGGUUGCAGCUGUUGCAGAAAGUUUUGGAAUUUUUAUUGGCAUUGUUUGCCCAGUUGUUGUUAAUGGAACAUUUUUUGCAUCAGUGUACACAGCAUAUCUAAUACUGUUCUCUGGAUUCAUGGCCUUACUGAAUGACAUCCCUUCUUGGAUGUUAUGGAUGGCAGAUAUUUCUUUCUUGCGUUAUGGUGUUGAAGGUCUAGUUUGUGCACUCUUUGGUAAUAAUCGCAAGCCAAUACCCUGUCCACCAGAACAUGUGUACUGUCACCUUAGAACACCAAAAAAGUUGCUUCAGGAGCUUGGAAUGGUUGAUGUACAAUACUGGGUUGAUGCCACCGCUCUUGUUGGCUUCUUUCUAUUAUUUAGGAUCAUUGGAUAUUUUUUCCUUCGAAGACGAAUGAUGAAAAGUAGUUGAGAAGAGUACAGUAUUUAAUUUUUUUUUCUUUGACUGGGAAAUAUUGGAUACUCCAGCAACAUAGGUUCUGUGAACUAAGAUGCUGCUAUUCAGUAUUUUUACUGGCUACCUUGUAGCACUUGGAAGGAUGAGUAACUGACACAUGGGGAUAUGUAAAUAUGCACCCCCUCCCCCAGCUGAAAAAAAAACAGUUUCUUUAUCACAGAAUACUGAAGUGGCAAAAAGUGUGCAAGUGUAAUUUUAAUCAGAUUUGGUGAGACAGUAAAUAUUUGCUAAGCUGUCUGAUUACAUGUAUGUUGUAUGUUCUAAUGCAACAAGUACCUGUUGUCAACAUAGUUUGUUUGCCUAAUUUUGUUAGGCUUAUACGAAUACUUAUUCAAUUGUACAAAAAUACACAAGGGAUGUAAAAACUUCUUUGCAAAACAUGUCUGAUUCUUGUGUAUUAGAAUACUAUACAUGAUCUUUGUGUUACCUCUGGAACCACCAUUGUAGUUUAUCUGUUCUCCUAAAGACCAAUGAUAUCAUGCAAACUGUCUGAUAUUUCUGACUGGAUUUUAUCAGAAAGAGGCAAAACGUAUCAAAAAUUACUAAAUUCAUGAUGAAGCUCAGUAUGUAUGAUAUGCUAUGUCUAAAUAUGGGUAAUUGUUUUGCUAGUAACAGAUUACAGACUGCAAAAUGAAUCCAGUACUGCAACUAUAAGCAGACUUACACAAGCUGUGUAUACAGUGCUGUGUUUCAGUGUAUUAUCAGUGUAUCAAAAACAAUUUAUAAUGUAAAAUCCUGAAGAUUGGAAAUGUUUAAUUCUAUACAAAUGUGAACUGUUGAGCUGAAAUAUUUAUAUGUCAUAUAAUCCUCUUAAGAUUAUUUUAGCUUUUAUCACAUACCUGAGUAAAUAUGUAUCAAUGGCCUUUUGCUAAAGAAUGCAGGUUACUUUUUGUGAUGCACACAAAGUAUUUUUUUCAGUACUGCACAUUUCUAUAACUUUGGGGUGUGCGCUAAACUUGUGUUGGUGAUAUGAGUUGCAUGUCUAUGACUGAAAAAAUGUUAAAUUUUCUGCACUGAACAAUAAAAAAGUUAUUGCAACAAUAAA